AUGGAAAUUCAAGAUGGCCCAGCCACGGGCCGGGGAAAACUUCGCAUCGUGGCUAUCAUGAUAGCUCUUUCUCUAUCGAUGUUUGUGGCUGCUCUUGAUCAGACGAUCGUCGCGACGGCCAUUCCCACAAUUGCUGCAAAACUGCAUUCAGCAUCUGGGUACACUUGGAUUGGUGGCGCGUAUUUGCUUGCCAAUGCUGCCGGUGCUUGUAUCUGGGCUAAACUCUCGGAUAUCUGGGGUCGCAAGUUGAUCCUCCUCAUUGCGGUUGCGUGGUUUUUUGUCAGCUCGAUUAUCUGCGCUGUUGCUGUCAAUAUGCAGAUGUUGAUUGCUGGUCGUGCUCUGCAGGGUGUUGCUGGUGGUGGUCUUCUGCAGCUGGUGACCAUUGUUAUUUCCGAUCUUUUUAGCGUGCGGCAUCGCAGUCUCUAUCUUGGACUCAUGGAAUGCAUGUGGGCACUGGCCGGUGGAAUCGGUCCACUCAUGGGAGGUGCUUUCUCCGAGUAUGUCACCUGGAGAUGGAACUUCUGGAUCAAUCUUCCCGUUUCUGGAUUUGCAUUCGUUCUGCUUUUCUUCUUCCUAGACGUGCACAACCCAAAGACCAACAUGAUGGACGGCAUUAAAGCUAUUGAUUGGUUUGGAAGUUUGUCUGUCCUUGGUCUAACAUUGAUGCUGCUCCUCGGCCUGGACUUUGGAGGUGUUACUUUCGCGUGGAGUUCAUCACAGGUUAUUUGCUUGAUAGUUUUCGGCUCUCUCUGCUCUUUGCUAUUCAUAUAUAGCGAGAAGCGCCUAGCUAAGUACCCUAUCAUGCCACUGGGUAUCUUCAGUCGACCUUCGAACGUUGCUGCAAUGGCAGUGGCUUUUGCCCAUGGAUUUGUUUUCAUUGCGGGUGAAUAUUACAUUCCUCUCUAUCUUCAGUCCGCCAAGGAGGCAUCGCCAAUGCGAUCUGGUAUCUUGACCCUUCCCGUCGUACUUGCAGAGGCGUUCUCUGGCAUGAUGACUGGAGCGAUCAUCCACCGCACGGGUCGAUACCUCGAAUUGGUCUGGAUAGGAUUGGUAUUGAUGACGAUCGGAACUGGGUUAUACAUCAGCCUCGACGUUGAUUCUUCACUGGGAGAAAUUGUCGGCUUCCAGUUUCUCAGCGGUUUCGGAGCUGGUUUCCUCUUCCAAACGCCCAUCAUCGCUAUCCAAGCAAUGGUCACGCAAGAUGAAACAGCCUCGGCAACAGCUACCCUGGGUUUCAUCCGUAACAUGGCUACGGCAACAUCGAUCGUCAUUGGAGGCGUCGUCUUCCAGAAUAGCAUGAGUCAGAUGAAGUCCGGUCUCUUGGCUACUGGUAUGUCAGAAAGCUUGGCCGAGCAGAUGACCGGUGGCUCCGCGGCUGCGAGUGUCGAGAUCAUCAAGACGAUCGAAAACUCUGCACAACUGCUUGCCGUGAAGGAGGCUUUUGCAGGGAGCAUGAGAAACAUGUGGAUUCUGUAUACUUGCAUGUCCGGCGUUGGCGUUUUUUGCUCCAUUUUCAUCUUGAAAACUCGCUUGAACAAGGAACACGUGGAGACUGUCACAGGUUUGGAUCGUGAGAAGAGGCCUGUACUUGAAGAUGUGCAAAAUGUCAGUGCUUAG